AUGGGACGGGCCUGUCUUCUGGUCUCCGCCUGCCUUCUGGUGGCCGCUUCUACGGUCGUCCGGGCGCAAAGGGACACGGACUUCUACUUCGGCACCAGGGUGCGCUGCCACACGUGCGACGCCGACUUUACCAUCGAGAAGUUCUCGGUGGACCACCCCUGCCUGGUUGGACAGCGAGAGAGGGACGUGGCCUACUGCAGCGUCAACUCAAACUUCUGUAAGGUGGAGGUGACGCGACUCAACGGCGUGCUGGUGACGUACUCGCGGCGGUGUGCCGAUAAAUGCUCCCCGAAUUGCUACGAGAAGGGCUUCGGCAUGCUCAGGGAGCAGUGCACCUACUGCUGCCGCCGCAACCCCGCCUGCGGGGAGAAGCGCAAGCCCUGACGCCCGCCGCACGGCACACCCACGGCCGCCA